AUGCCGGAGCUCAUUUCUGUGUGCGACUUCAUCUCUCAGGCCCUGGAAGAUCUGAGUUCCCCAACCACCUCCUCCUUCACCAGCUACAUGAGCAAGUGCAGGGCAACUGUCUGCAGCCUGGAAGAGGCUUUGGACUCCGAUCGAGCUGUCUUGCAGAAGAUGAGAAAAGCAACCAAGGCAGAGCAUGCCUCUGGACAAGAUCUCCUUAGUCACAUGGAUGCACAUAUUGUAGGCCAGGAGAGAUUCUCCAUGAAUUACCAGAAUGAAGGAGAGGAGCAGCUGGCUGGCACUUUCACCUGCUUCGCAGAAUUCUCCCGGGAACUGCUGACCCCAAUCAAGAGUUUGUUGCAGAGCUUGUCUCACAACAUUAACUUUCCCUUGGAUUCGCUGGUAAAAGGAGACUUAAAAGAAGUUAAAGGGGACUUCAGAAAACCUUUUGAGAAAGCAUGGAAAGACUAUGAGACCAAGCUCGUUAAGAUCGAGAAGGAGAAGCGGGAGCUGGCCAAGCAAUAUGGGAUGGUGCGCAACGAGGUGAUGGGAGGGGAGAUCGCUGAGGAGAUGGAGAAGGAGCGCAGGAUGUUCCAGCUAAACAUGUGUGAGUAUCUAAUCAAGGUGAAUGAGAUUAAAACCAAGAAAGGAGUCGACUUGCUGCAAAACUACAUCAAACAUUGUAAUUCACAGUUCAAUUUUUUUCAGGAAUGUUUAAGAACAACAGAGAAACUUAAGCAGUUUAUCAAGAAGCUUACCCCCGAACUACAGAGUAUGAAGGUCAGGCAGGACAAGGAGAAGAAGCAGCUGUGCUCCCUUCGGGAUCAGCUGAAAACAGCAUUGCAGCUGGAACAGAAAGAGGAUUCUGUGAGCAAGCAGCUAGGGUAUAACAUGCAUCAACUACAAGGGAACAAGACAUAUGGUACUGAGAAAUCAGGAAACCUCUUUAAGAAGAGCGACGGGCUGAGAAAGGUCUGGCAGAAGAGGAAGUGCACUGUCAGGAAUGGCUAUCUGACCAUCUCUCACAGCACGCUGCACCGUUCACCAGCCAAACUAAAUUUGCUCACUUGCCAAGUGAAGCCAAAUUUGGAUGACAGGAAGUGCUUUGAUUUCAUUUCACAUAAUCGCACGUACCACUUUUUGGCGGAGGAUGAGCAGGAAUGUAUUGCCUGGAUUUCUGUUCUCAGCAACAGCAAGGAGGAGGCUCUGAAUGUGGCCUUCAACAGGGGCCAAGGGAGUGGAGAGAACAGUAUGGAGGAGCUGACAAGGGCCAUUAUUGAGGAGAUAAAGUGCCUGCCAGGGAACAGGGCCUGCUGUGACUGCUCGUUGCCAGAUCCCACUUGGCUCUCCAUUAACCUGGGCAUCCUGAUCUGCAUUGAGUGCUCUGGUAUUCACCGGGAGAUGGGUGUGCACCUUUCCCGCAUCCAGUCACUGUCCCUGGAUAAACUGGCAACCUCUGAGCUCUUGUUGGCUAAGAAUAUUGGCAAUUCUGGUUUUAAUAACAUCGUGGAAGCCAAUCUUCCCAGCUCUUCACUGAAGCCAGCGACACACAGUGAUAUGGCCCUUCGGAAAGAUUACAUUAUUUCCAAAUAUGCUGAGAGGAAAUAUGCUAAGAGGAGCAGUGAGAGCUCAACUGCCCUGCAUCGGGGGUUGCAGAAAGCCAUCAUGUCGAAGGACAUAUUCACGCUUCUCCAGGCCUAUGCUGAAAAGAUGGACUUAGAUGAACCUGUUCUGGAGCCUACAGGGGAGCCUGGGGAAACUCUUCUCCACCUGGCAGUGUUACAGUCUGACCGAACCUCCUUGCACAUUGUUGAUUUUCUAGUGCAGAACAGUGGGAGCCUGGUGAAGCAGACAGUGAAGGGGAACACACCACUUCAUUACUGCUGCCUCUACAAUAAACCUGAGUGUAUAAAGCUCUUUCUCAGAGCCAAGGCCAACAUUGCCAUCACUAAUGAUGUGGGAGAAACAGCCCUGGAUGUUGCCAAGCGAAUGAGGCAUUCCUUGUGUGAAGAACUGCUGCUUCAGUCUCAAAACAAUCAAUUCAACAUGCGUGUCCAUGUGGAGUAUGAGUGGCGGCUGGGCCAAGAUGAUAUGUAUGAGAGUGAUGAUGAUCUGGAUGAGAAGCUGAGUCCUGUGAAAAAGGAGCAUGUUUUCCGUCCUCAGAGCUGCUACCAGUCACCUACCACUGCCUCAAAGCAGUGGGCAAAGGGGCCAAGUAUAGCACCACAGGGGAAGCAACAUGAUUUAUAUGCCACCCCAACUGCUCAUCCCCGCAACCUUGCUGAACUAGCAGCCCCGAUGUCUCCUCCAUGUGUGCCACCUCUUCCACCACGUGGGAUAAUCCGAGCUCCCAAUGUGCCUCCACCCCCUCCCCCUACCAGAUUGCCAGUCUUUGCUGAUGACACAACAACCAGGAAGAUCCCCCCACUGAAUGUGAACAUCAAGCACAAGCGAACUUCCUCAGAGCCUGUGCCUUGGGUGCCACUCAGCCCUGUGCCAUCUAGCCAGGCCAGCCUGGCUACAGAUUCUGGACCCUUCCUACCUCCCAAAUUCCAUUUUACAGAAGGAAUCUCUAAAAGGAGACUGAGCACUGGCUCCCACCAGCAUCCCAGCCUCCCCACCCCCAUGACUAUCUCACAACAAGCUGCCCAGAAGAGAGUGGAGAUGCUCUGUCCAUCUGACCCCAGCAAAGGGCAGAGACUGAUAUCGCAUCAUCCCUCACAAGAGCCAGGCCCAGGCUCAGCUGUAUCCCCGGAUGUUCCACCACUCCUUCCUAGGAGGGGCAGUCUGAAUAAGUCACCUCUCCAAAGGGUCCGAGCCCUGUAUAACUGUGUGGGUGACCGUGAAGAUGAGCUCACUUUCAGCCUGGGAGAGAUCAUUGUAGUGGCUGAAGAGGAGGACAGCCAAUGGUGGAAUGGAUGGAUUGAAGGGCAGCCUCACAGGAAAGGUGUCUUUCCAGUUUCAUAUGUUCACAUGUUGGAUGAAUAAGAACUGCAUGAUGUAAGAAGAAAACAAAAUGGCAGGUGCUCAAAGCACAAUUCUUCCAGCACUCCCUGUUUCCAGAGGGCUUCCUGCAGACAACACCUAAGGAGCUUAUGAUGGCUUUCUUACCUCUUCUGUCUUGUGACUUACAUCUUCAGUUCUGCAGCAUGCAGUUCUCUCUCUUGCUGACUCAGAGCAGGGCUUCGUCUGUCUCCUGAAUUGUAAUCAAGUAUCUUAUUUGGUUUCUUUGCAUCCUGUCCUCAGCUUUACAUAUUCAGUGUGAUGUUGCCUUCCUGGACACUGAAAAACUUGCCCUUGCAUGUUAUUAAAUGGGAUUCAGGACUAGUGUAUAAAUGAUUGACAUGACAACUCAGUCGAUAAAUGACAAACAGGCUUUAUUUACUACACUAUUUACUAUUAAAUGAUCCUAAAGCAAAGCUCAGUAUAUUUUCUUGUAAAAGUGAUAGUAUCUCACCAAUACAGGCAAAGAGGUGGUCUCAGUCUUUUCAGCUUCUCGAGGCAUGGAUCCGUUCACCAGAAGAUCAGCUGGGCACAGUAGCAGUUCUUGUCCGAAUUAUUUUGCACUCUUGAAAUGUGUGCCUUGUUAGGUAUCUCAUUCCUUUUUAUACUCUUUAGCUUAGCAUCUUCAAAGCAUUUUUGAAAUUGAUUUAAAAAACUCAAGCAAUAACUAACAGGAAGAUUCUGUUAAUCACACUGUUCACUGUUGGUUAUCAAAAAGUCCCAAUUUUGACUGAAUUACCUUACUUAGUAACAGGAGAUUAUCAAUCUCUAUUGAGUUGGAACAUAUCAGGAAAAUGAUUAACAACUGGGAAAAACAAAGUUUUUGAAGAGUUGGCUGUGGAAGUUCAAAGGAACAACUGAGGCAAAACAAGAAUUAAUCAGGAGGAGAUAACUGGGGUGCUUCUCUUUAAAUGGUGCAAGCUGGGUAGGUGCCCUGGGGGCUUGCAGGGCUUGACACUGCAUGGGAAUUCCCAGAGUGCACAGGUGUGGGACCCUCAAGAGCCCAGAGCACUUGCCUGGGGUGGCUGGAAAGUACAAGCCACAGACCUAAUUUCUACCUUUUGUUCCACCACUGAUUGGUCUCUCAUGAGGCAUGAUAAGGGGUAGGAAUGUCUAUUUGCUCACCACUUGUACCACCAUAAAAAUUUCUAUGGCAGCACAAAUAUGAUGUCAAGCGAUGUCUGUUUCUACCCUCGGUAACCCGGUCACUAAAAAAUACUGAGUUUUCUGCACAAUGCUUACUUCAUAAAAAAUGUUUCAUGUCUGUUUACAACCUCCUCUUCCACCCCAUCCCACUCCAGUUGUCAAACCUCAAAUCAUAGAAACUGCUGUGGAAAAAAGCCAGGGGAGAGGAGGUCACAGCCAUCCCCAUGUGAUUAUGUCAGUAGUGCUCAACUUUUUGGCUCCACGGGCCAAAUGAGAGGUGUGGGGCUGACCUACAGACCAGAUCAGACCCCAAGUGGCAGGGUUUGGCCCUGGGGUCCUGCACUACCUCUGCCCUAUCCUACAUGUGGUGAUUGGGGUCCAGAGCCCUGCACUGGCUCCACCCAGUCCCAUGAGCUGGGAUUGGGCUCUAGGUGCCACUCCCACAUGCUGUGAUUGGACUGUGCACUGGACCUAGUGAACAGGGCCAAGGCCUGUGGGCUAGGGGGAGCCCUGUGGACCAGAUGACAAGGCACUGGAGGUUGGAUCUGGCCAGUGGACUAGGGGUUGAGCACCCCUAGAUUAAGUCAUGAGAGUCACCAUUGGUCUGUUCUGCAGAGGUUUUUCUGCUCUAGUUUUAGGUGUGUUUGAGUGAUGGCAUGUGCUUCAUAUGUUUCCUAUGCCUAUUUCAAAUGCAAGGCUGUAGUCUACAUUAUGAGCAGCUCUGCGUGUAGCAUUCCAGAACCCAGCUCUGUGAAACUCUUAAGAGGGCUUGGGCCAUCAUGUGGGAGGAGUCAUGUAUUUGGAUUUGAAAUGCUCCAGUACAGUAGGCUAUGACUCCCCAGAUCCACAUUUGGCAAUUUCUUUCAUUUUCCAGGAAAAUAUAAAACUUUCAGAAUUGUUUUUCCUGAGGUCUUCUAUGAAAAAGGGAAGAAUGAAAAGUCUAUGAGUAAUGUUUAAAAUGCUCUUAUUAUUGGUUCAUUUGAGUACUUUAAAACACUUUUAAUAACUAACAGAAUCAUGGAAUCAUAGAAAAUUAGGGUUGGAAGGGACUUCAGGAAGUCAUCUAGUCCAACCCGUUGCUCCAAGCAGGA